CAUAGCCGGAUGGUACGUGGCAAAAAAACCUCUGGAAAUGCACUGUCUAAUCAUAGCUGUCUAUGCGCACAAUAUUACCAACAAAACAACAUGCGGUCGAGUAGCACUACUGACACCGCACACACUUCACUAUCAACAAUCAAAGCCAGGGGCAGAGCCAAGCCGCUGCCUACCAUGUGUCAAGUGUCUUCGAAUCUACAUCUGUGUAAAAAUUUUCGUUUUAUAUAGUGCUUAAUCUGGUUUUAGAAAACAUGCUAUAGUGGUUGCUUACCUAACAAUUUGAUACAGAUAAGUGCACAAGUGUGAGUAACAGAUUUGUUCUGUCGCAGAUGAUUUUCAAAAAGUCUAACUCUCAGUAAAUUCUCAUUAUUUUACCGAGAAGCUAUUUUAAUCUUAAUUUUUAUCUUAAUAUUAUUUUAAUCUUAAUAUUAUUUUAAUCUUAAUAUUAUUUUAAUCUUAAUAUUAUUUUAAUCUUAAUUUUUUUCAUAUUAGUUAUUUUCAGUAUUCAUUUGAUAGCUUUGAUCAUUUUGCUAUAAAUUUAUAGUCUGCAUUCCUUUUGCCGAAGUCAAUUGGACAAAUCAAAUAAAAUAGUCUAUGGAUGGCUUAGACAUAAACACAACAAACCUUCCUUUGUUUGCAUGUAGAAAGUCAAACAAUAAUAGUUGUUAUCAUUAGUGUCUUCAAAUCAAGUGAUAAAAUAAUUGUAGUUCAUUGUUGUUUACCUUUUUGGAAAUGGCUGAAGCUCCAGAAAGUGAACCUCCAUGUGAGCCAUUGCCAUCAUCAAGCCAUGAAUUAGUUGCGGCAGAAGUAACGGAAGACGAAGGUCCAUUGCCUAAGAGACGUAGAAUGCUAGAGGCUGAUGCCAGUGAGAGACUCGAGUACAGGCUCGGUGGCAUUUUGUGCUGCGCAGUUUGCCUCGAUCUGCCCCAAUCGGCUGUAUACCAGUGCAUAAAUGGACACCUGAUGUGUGUCGCUUGCUUCACUCACUUACUGGCAGAUGCCCGUCUCCGUGAGGAGUCUGCUACAUGUCCCAACUGUCGUGUCGAAAUAUCCAAGACGUCAGCCUCCAGGAACUUGGCUGUCGAGAAGACAGUCUCCGAACUGCCAUUGGAGUGCAAGUACUGCACUAGCGUGUUCCCGCGACAUUCGCUACCUAACCACGAGGAGAAUCAAUGUGAAGAAAGGAGUUACAAGUUCUCGCAAUUGGUUGUGUCGCACGCGGUGAAGCGGCGCUACCUCGAUAGUUUGGUUCGCAUUGUCGCCGGCGUGUACUCGCUCCUAGUGUCGGCGCUGCGCAGUACGCACUGCGGCCGCGCCAGGCGCCCCGCCCGACGAAGGUUGACGAGCUGCCGCUUCGCCUGCAUCGGGUGUCCGUGGCGAGGGCCGGCCCACGAGGGCGGCGCCCACGAGGCCGCCUGCGCGCACCCCAACAAGUCGGCCGCCGAGGUGCUGGAGGUCAUCGCGGAGCGGGAGCGGCUGAGCCACGAGACCAUGGCCGUCUACAAUCAAGUAAUGGAUCUGCUCUCGUAUGAGAAGAUCACCUUCACUGACCUGCAGCUGAAGCCGUACCGCCUGGACGAGUUCGUGCACAAGAUGUACUACGAGUCGUCGCGCUUCACGGCCUUCUCGCACCAGUGGCUCGUCAAGGCCUUCGUCAACAGGAACCAGCAGGACCCCACCCAGAGCUCCGAGCGCGAGAUCACCUACCAGCUGAUAAUGAAGAGCAAGCCGAUGGGCACGUGCACGGUGCAGUGGGUGGUGGUGUCGGGGCCGCUGGGGGAGGCGCGGCUGGCGGCCCGCCUGGCGCACCACGCCUUCUCCGAGCUGCAGCCCGACGCGCCGCCCGCGGUGCUGCCCCUGGUCCGCAGGAGCGACGCCAACAGGCUGCUGGCCAACAAGGCGCUGCACUUUAGGUUAAUAAUGUUCCUGUGCACAAAAUGAGCCCGUGCGUACCGGCCGCUCUACUGUGGACUCUACUGUCGCCUCACUGGAAGAUAACUACAGCUCCUGAACAUAAAACUAAAAUUUGAUAUUAAUAUUGUAAUAUAGUUUAGCCGACACCGCUACAUGCCCUUGUCAUGCUUCUACUAAACAAACUUUAUCGAUAAACAUACACAUGUAUAUAUUUGCGACGUCGGUUCGUUUCGUUGGUUCAGAUCAGUGUGCUUAGUGCGAGUUUUUUAACGUUCUCGAUAGCGUAAAAGUUAAGUCA